AUGGCGCCAACAGACCCCAAGAAGGCAGAAGAGCCCAAGACGGGUCCGCCCAAGCUCUCCGAUGUCAAGGAGCUGAUCGAUGAGAGCACCUUUGAGCAGAUCCUAGAGAUGGACGAUGAUGACGACCGUGAUUUCAGCAAGGGUAUUGUCUAUGGGUUUUUCGACCAGGCACAUGCUACUUUCGAGAAGAUAGAGAAGGCGAUUGCGGAUAAGCAGCUGGAGGAACUGUCACAGCUGGGCCAUUUCCUGAAGGGAUCCUCAGCUACACUGGGUCUCACGAACGUUAAGGACGGGUGCGAGAAGAUCCAGCACUUCGGCGCCGGCAAGGACGAGGCCGGCACCACCGACGAGCCUGAUGAGAACGUUUCUUUGAAGAACAUCGACAACACCCUCCAAGAGGUCAAGGUUGAGUUUGUCAAGGUCGAGAGGUUUUUGCGCCGUUUCUAUGGCGAGGAACUGAAGGACGAGCCCGAGGUGAAGGAGGAAAGAAGGAGGAAAAGGAAGAAAAGGAAGAAAAGGAAGAAAAGAAGGAAGUAG